AGUUCUCACUCCCACCCGCCGGCCGCAAUCCCGCGAAAAGCGCAAACCCCUACGCACGCACACGGGCACACGCCGUGCCGCAGCGAUGUCGGCGGCGGGGAAGGUGAAGGCGAAGGCGAGCGGCGGCGGGAGGCGGGGAGGGGCCAAGGACGCCGCCGACCCGCUCCGGUCCGACAAGAGGCGCCGCGAAGUGGACGACGACUCCGACGACGCCGAGCUCGACAGUCACAUGGAGAAGAUCGUGUCGCUGCUCCGCCAUAUCAAGGACAAGGCCCACAAGGAUGGCCAGAAGAAGACCGAGCAAACCCUCUCCAGUGUUGCAACAGAAAUUCAGACUAUCGUGCAGGACACAAAGGGCAAGUUUGAGAAGGAAAGCAGGCAAAAUUUUCUGAAAGCUCUAUCAAAGACUUCAAAAGAGUGUGAAGGUUUACUGAAGAAUGAGUACACUAAGUUUCAAGAAACACAUGAUAAGUUCUGCAAAGAAAAGGCUGCACACAUACAAACUUUCAAAGACCUUUUCUCAAAGUUUGAAAAUGAAAAGGAGAAAUUGCUUGUGCAGUAUGAACUGCAAAGGAAGAAGGAGAAGUCUACUCUGUCUGAACUCGAGAAAACAUUUUCGGAGAAGAUAACUAAUGCAGAAGAAUCUUUGAAGAAGAUGAAGCAGGAUGACAAAUCCAUCGACAAGCUUCGCAAGUCCCUUGGCUCAUUCCUCGACCCAGAUGAUGAGUCUGGAGCAGACGAUGAGUGAAACUGCUAUUUCCAAAUGGUCCGCCUUUUAGAACGCCGUGGAUAGCCUCUGAGAAUAGGCAUAGUAUAUAUCGUUGAUAUCGAGAUAAGUUACAAGGGUCUGUAGAAAUUUGGAACAGGUAUCGUACUGUUAGGUUCCACUUCAUCUGGUUCCAUCAUCUGUUUUAAGCGUAUCAUUAUCAAGAGGCUCAAGAUUGUGUAACCUCUUUGGUCUGAAUUUCCUUCUUAUUGCUACGUAGGAGUAUGUCUUUACCAGUAGCUCGCUAAUUAAAUUCAAUAUAUUUGCAAAUUUACUUGAUGUUCGUUGCAACAAAUUACUCAUGUAUCGGAUUAUAUCAAUAGCAUGCAACUACAACGAAACACAAAUCUUCCUUCUAAUU